UAGGUUACUUGUCUUACACUUCUCCCUGCCUUUCGUAAAGUAUUUUAGGUUCAAUCAAUAAGUUUUUUGGAAAAGACCAUAAAUAAUUUUCUCGUAAUGGAGGACAAGCUAACAAAAGAUGAAGCCGUGUAUUUUGUGUCCAACGUACUUGACAUUGCAGAGGCUGAAGAAAAGCUAGUUACAGACCGUAAGAUUUUCCUGGACCAACUAGUCCAGAGAAUACAUGAAGACAUUCCAUUUCAAAACCUGUUUCUACUCUCAAUGGAACCGGAAAAUCGUCAUCUACCGACUUGGAUUGAAAUAAAAGAAUCUAUGAUGAGAAAAAGAGGAGGACUCUGUUACAUCAUUAAUGUUUUCAUGAAAUACUUACUACAGGCCCUUGGUUUUAAUGCGUACCAUGCUACGUGUUCAGUUUAUUUUCCGAACAACCACAUCACAACAAUAAUUAGAGAUUUGACAUCCGAUGGCAGUAAACAUCUGGUAGACUUUUCGGGAUACCCAUUCUUCAAAGCGAUCCCACUGGAUUUUGAAGAAGAGUCUCCGGUUUAUAAUAUGUCAUUUCUCACCUGUAAGUUUAUUCGAGAACAAAAAUUAAUUGUUCGUCUUCAUCAAAUACAAAAUAUUUAUCAGUGUUCCAGUUCUUCGUAUUUUGACAGUUGCCAGGGUAUUUCAGAUAAUUGGUUUCGUUUUUGUGUUAUAGACCCUGAACCUCGAGAACUUAAUUACUUCGAGGAAGAUAUGACCAAAGUAUUUACGGUACCAGGAGCUAAUUCUCCGUUUCUGGAAACAUUACGUAUUGUACGUUUUCCAGGCCUAAAACUUUGUGCAGUGAAAAAUGACUUUGAACUGUCAGAAGGAGAUAACCAUCGAGUGAAAAGCAAGAAAUUUUCAUCUAAAGCAGAAGUAGCCAAAUUUAUCAGAAAGAAUUAUUCACCGUUCCCUGAAGAUAUGAUAUUAUCAGGAAUUGACAGAAUAGAUAUCUUUAAUACUCCUAGUGUGUUUAAAUAUCAGACGUAAUUUCACGACUUAUUCGACUUUUCUGGAUUUAACUGAGUUGUUUUUUCAUCCACUAUAUUUUACUAUAUUUGAGAGGGGGUAGAUUUAAAAUAUUUGUUGCUUAUAGAUUUAGACAAUCAUUUAAUUGCAUGUUUAAAACGCAUUUAAAAGCAUGUUAUAUUGAAAAUUUUCAAUUAAGGUGCUACUUAAUCAUGGUAGUUUAGGGUGUCAUUACUUGAGGUUGUGCCUUGCAGAUAACUGUUUAUUUUCGUUAUAUUUUCUUAAUAAGAAGAAUACCCCCCCCAGUGGCACAGCGGUAUGUCUGCGGACUUACAACGCUAGAAUCCGGG